UUCAGAGGCAACACACAAGCAUGCUAGCGACCUCAUUUCUGUAGGGAACCUGUUCGUGUGUAGUCAUUGUGAUCAACUUGUCGCUUGAUGUGAAAGAAUGGAAUACAUAUUUCUACACAGACUUGAUGGAAUAUUUUGUUGACAUUUGUCAUUAUGAGGAUAGAGACAGCUGAGGAUUAUACUAAAACUCGGGAACAAAAUGGAUAAUCUGGAAGAACUUUUGCCCGGCAUUGAAGAAUUCCUUGUGAAGACUCUUGCUGGGGAAAACCUUUCGUCUGCUGCUGAGGAGAAGCGUCUUUAUUUCGUCGAGCGUCUUGAUAUUCUCAAACUCCCGCCUUCCAUCCCACCGCGACCAAAUAGGAAGUCAUCAUCGGAGCUCGUAGAAGAGGAUGAAGCUCCAGUAGAGGAGGGGAAUGAUGUAACUGACACUGCAGAGCAGCCUCAAGACUUCGCAGCUUACCAGAGAGAAAUCUCCCGCAACCUCCUGACCACUGUCGUCCCACACGUCGAGGUCUCCGACUCCGAAUCAGAACAGGGAGUGAAGGUGUAUGAUGACAUUGACAUUGAAGAACAUCUGGACGGACAAGACGAUGAAGAUAAAGAUGAACAGGACCUGUAUGAGAUUCCAGUGGCUCGGCUCCAGCUGUCGGAAGAUAGUGCGGGCCAACAGUCAGGUGACCGAUCCAGUCUGGCCACUGCCGCCAGCCUGGAUGAACUUGCAGAGGAGGUGGCCGACAUCCCCGUACCCCCGCCCCUUCCACCUCGGCGCGACCGAACUUCCUCCGAUCUGACCACCUCGGGGGGCGAUGACAAGCCCCCGGAUCUCCCAGCCCGCCCCCCUCCCAAGAUGGACGUCUACGAUAAGAGUGAUAAAUCUGAGAAGAGCGAUAGGUCUGACCAUACAGAGUACACACUAGACGGCGGAGACAGCACCAGCUACGAGUCGUACGAUGAGGACAACCAAUACCACGACGUGGAGCUUCUCAACAAACUCAACAUCAAGCUACCAAAACGUCCCAAGAAGAAGUCGAACAAGCUGAAGAAGAAGCUGAGCAAGUCAAGGUCAUCGUCCAGCUGGGAGAUCAAUGUGCCCUUCAAGAAGCUGGAGGACAUGGCGCUGUCAGGCGACCUCCAGUACAAGGGCAAGUUGUCCUGGACCCGCAAGCUGGUUGCCCUCAGCAACGGCAACCUGGCCUGCUACAAGCCCGACAAGGAGACCAAGCCACAACUUGUGGUGCACCUGACGGGGUAUGAGGCUGCGCUGCAUGAGAAGGAGAACCGAAAGGGGUACGAGAUCAAGUUGACCCAUCCCAACUGUGACAGCCACAUCUUUGCCGUCGACUUCAAGGAGUGGGCGCAACAGUGGGCUGAUCACAUCAACAAUAUGGCUAAAGGGUUACCUCCCCCUACCCCCUACCAUCACUUGGCGCGAACGACCUUCACCCAGCAGAGCGAACAUGGCAGCAAGAAAAAUAACAAGUGUCAUCGCAACAGGAAGAUGAGUUUAUGGGACGACAGUACCUCCGAGGGCCGAUCCAAGACGUUAGACUCAUCUGCUUCACUAGGGGCAAGUAAUUUAAACAUGACAACGACUCUCGCCCGAUGGGACUGGAAAACGUUGUUCUACAACUGGGCGUUCCCGAUAGAUCACAUCAUCAUGGGACUACGACCGGACCUGAAUGCCUCCAAUUCCAAUCUGUCCAUGUCCAGCGACGGCUUCGGGGCGGAGGACGGGAAGGCCAAGUUGCGAGGCAACAAGGUGAUGAGAAUGGGAUCCUUUGCCUACAGGGCAACACAAUUUUUCGAAAGUUUGGGGAAGAAGAGCGGGAAGAGGAAAUUGGCAGGUUUGAGUGUUCCCCUUGACAACGACCUUUCAACUUCUGGUAUUGCGGAGGAGCGUUCGUUAUCCUCGGAGAGCGCACCAGCUAACCUUUCAUCACUCUCUGAUUCUUGUACACCUGUUUUUGACGACCCUGGUUCACCUGAGGUGGCCAUAGAUGUUCCCUGCAGCACCAAACACCAAGGUUAUCUGAACAUCUUUAGCUCCUUCAAUCGGCGACGCUGGGGUAAGCGCUGGUGUCUUGUGCGGGAGAACAUGUUCGAGUGCUACCGUAAUGAAAAGUCCAAGCAGUUUGAGCUGAAUCUGUUGUUGAAGAACUGUGUGUUUCGUCGUGCCGUGACGGAGACGAGCAGUGAGUACGCACUGAUGCUGCUUGAGGACGGCAAGGAGAAGAUCACUGUGGAGCCCCUGAACAAGGAUGAGAUGGGCCCCUGGGUGCACGUCCUCAUGGCGGAGACUGCAACAGACCACAUCCCCGAAGGCCUCGACGAGUACUUCAACGACGAUAUCCAUUCCAACAACUCCUUCUCCGACUUGUUAGGCUACUCUGUGAUAAAAAGCUGGGAACAUGGCGGCGACAAGUCCCCAGGUUCCAGCAAGAUGAUGGUUGUGAGUCAGGAAGACAUCCCGGAGGAAGAGAACGAGGAGGAGAACUGUAUCGAUGCUUCUCCUUCUUCUCCCCUCCUGGAAACUGACACCGUUGUGGAGAAUGGUGACGUUUACACCGAAGUCCAAAAGAAGGGGAAGAACUCUGUUUCGGAACUGUCAGCGGAGAGUCCCGAGGAAUAUGACGAGAGAAAACAUACAACAGAUAGUGGGUUUUAUAGUGUCAAGGGUUCAAACUCGGACAGUGAGAGUGACAGUGGAUGUGUUAUCCGGAGUGAGGAGGAAGCUCAGAGCUUGAGUAGUCCUACGCAAGAAGAUUCAAGUGAGUUGCUUCCAGCACAGAGUCCACCCAGCAAAAAGAAAAGUGAGGUUGGGUCGGGGUUGCAUAUACGGUUUUGUCUCGAGAAUAACAAUGUCAAGGACAGUGGUGAAUAUGAUGCCAUUGAAGUAAAAGAUAAUAAUAAUUCUCUACAGUGCUUUGUAAAUACAAUACCCGAGGAGGCGUCUUCACAUUCCGAGUCUGAGCCUUCGUUGAAACAGGAAUUGGAGUGUGCAAGUAGUGAAGUGAAUGUGACUGAUUCCACUGAAAUAUCAAAAUGCGACAUGUUGAACUCAAGUAGUGAUGCAGAGACUGUCAAAUCCAACACAGCUUCCAUGAUCAGUUUAUCAGACAGGUUGGAGUACAAUGCUACUCCCGUGACUGAUUCGGAUGAUGCAGACGCCAUUGCUGAAAACCCAGAAGACAAUCAUAAUGAAGCUGAAACUGAACAAUCUGAGAACAAUUUGGAAGAAACUGCUGUAGAUUGUCAUGGAAACGACACUUCUUCCAGUUUCCAUGGCAAGAAUGAGGAUGUACAAUUGACAAGUCCAGAAAUCUCAGACACCAAGUCUAGCUCAUCAGCAGUGGAUUUUGACAAGGAUAUUCAACACAGGAUUGGACGACUGAGAGAGAAACUAGUGCAGAUCAAGCGCAAAAGAGACUUGUGGGAAGAUGACCUCACCUUUGGUGAAGGUGAAGGUCACGUACAGCUGCUGUCGUGCAGAAUUGCUGUUCGAGACAAACGGCAGCGAGUUUCAUCUACCGAGGAACAGAAAAUAUGUGAUGAAGAAUACUCAAGUCUAGAUCAGGAAUGUCACGAGACGGACAAAGAAAUUACCAACCUGGAGCAUCAGCUGACCACCCAAGCCUCACUCUCAUCUCCAACUUCAUCAUAGCCUCAUCUUCAGUUCAGCAUCUCCAACCCACAGCCUUGUUUUGAUUACUCCCAUCAUGCACUGUUCACAGCCUCGUUCUCAGUCUGAUUCCUCCCAUCAUGCACUGUUCUGUGACCAUGUGUAGUUAGUUCUGAAGGGGCCUCUGUGAUUGGAGGAAAUAUAGACGCUAUCAAGUAUUUGUUUGGAAUUUUCUACCAAAAGUAUAUAUUAUCAUUUUGUUUUGUGGAAAUUGAAGAUCAUAUUUUGAAAUGGUUUUCUAAGUUUGGAAGUCGUGUACAUUGUCAACUUGUGUCUUUGCGAGAUAUUUGAGAUGAUGGUGGGUGGUGAUGAAUUCCAGGCUGUCUCAUACACUCUGUAUCAUCACCAGCUUCCUGCUCCUCCAUAUCUGCAUCCUUAAUGAUGGUGUUGUUGUUUUACACUUGCUGCUUGGGGAGGGGCCAUACAAGUCCAAGACUAACUUGACAGUCAUAAUACUCACUCCAAUACAUGGCCAGGUUAUCACAGCGAAUAAUGUGGGAUUGUACACAGCAAUUUUCAGAUUUUGCUUUGUACAGUUUCAGUGUGAUUUGUACCAUUGUGACUCUACAAUGUAAAUAACUCAGUAAUAAAUAACAAUAAUAAUAACAACUACAAUAAUAACUCUAAUAAUAUGUUGUUUACAAUCCAUCCAGACGAGCUUGUUUAUGAUUUCGUCAGUUUUACAUGGUUAAAACAGAAUUGAUUUCUACCCUCCCUUUCAGGUUCAAGUUUUGACUUUGUGAAAUAUCUAGGCUGAUUAUGAAGAUUGUUUAUGUUUUAAAAAAUAAUAUGCAAACUUUGAACAAGAUACUGUAUUUGCUGUAUUAAGCACCUGACUCCUGUACGCAGCCCCACCAACUUCUACGUAAAACUGUACGAUAACUCUGCAGUGGACAAGGGCAUUAUUAUUUUGUAACUAUGUUGGAGAAACGUUAGAGCUUCAUUGACGUUAGAACCAAGUUGGUUCUCUACUUGAUCUCCAACCACUCGAUCACUUGAUCUCCAACAACAAAUUUAGCUUGUGUAUGGUUUUAAUAAGUCUCUGUCACUUUUCUAGGCCCCCCAGGGUGCUUUUUACAACAAAUACGGUAAAUUAUUGAUUUUGUUGAUGCUCAUGCCAUUAGCUAUGCAGAGAAUGUUGACUUGCUACCAUCAUACAGCCCAAAUGGAAUAUAACUGUCAUGAUGCGCCGAAUGGCUUGGUGUUCUGUGAACAGGUACAGUCUUAGGAAGCCAUUUUGGUUUUGAUGGGAAAUGGGGUUAGGAAGCCAUUUUGGUUUUGAUGGGAAAUGGGGUUAGGAAGCCAUUUUGGUUUUGAUGGGAAAUGGGGUUAGGAAGCCAUUUUGGUUUUGAUGGAAAAUGGGGUAUGUUACUGAUGGUGUGAGUCAUAGCCCAUUCUAUGAAUCAUGAAAGUAAUGCGAGCAUGAAAUUAAUGCGAAAACUGUGAGUGUCCCUUGCUCGCAUAAAUAAACGGAUGCGUCAUUAUCUGAACAUAUUGGCGUUUAUUGUCAUGUCAGGUUAGUGCACAUUUCGGAAUGAUUAUGUAUAUGAUAAACUCCCAGUAAUAACGUAAUUGAGUUCUAGUGUUGUCAGUGUGUUUUCAGGAGCUGAUCAAGCUGUACUGACAGUCACCAACUAUGUUUGAUGGCAUCUUUGUUCUUGGUAACCUUGUCAAAUAAUUAUAAGAAAAACACUGCUCACCCACGUGGUGAAAAUGUCCAGUUCAGUAACAGCAGUUGUGAGGAAUACACAACACUGUUCAAAGGUUUGAACCAACUCAUGUGACAACCCUUUGAAUGUAUAGGUCUACUCGCACGAUGCAUUUUAGGACAGGGAUCGGCAUGACCAUUAAUUUCAUGACGCAUUAAUUACGUGAUUUACAAUACUUGGCAUCAACUACAUUGAUUAAGAUUACUGCUAAAACCAGCAUAAACCCUUACUCACUCACUCACUCACUCACUCACUCACUCACUCCUCGAUCAUUUCAACAGGGAUGAGAGAUGUGGUUUUCAUCAUCAAUCUGUACAUAGACACCAUGGAGAAAAUGUGUUUGUUGGAGGUGGAAUGGCUUGAAGACAAUUUGCACUAACUCAUCAAACUGGGUGAAGGUUUGCACCUUAACUUGGUUCUGGGUAAUAGUGAUCAUGCUUCCCCAGAAACCGAUGAUCUUUUGCUAAAAUAUGCAAGUGAAAACAUAUGGAUUUAAUUAUAUGCAGAAGAUGGAGGUGUGAUCAAAUAAGGUACUCAUCUUUUGGAUAGAUGAUGACCAAAUAUAGUCAUUUUACUUUUUUUACCAAAAGGUUUAUUUAGAUGACCAAAUAUGGAGUUACCAUGAAAUUGAUUUGUUACAUGAUUUAAACUGACAUUGAUCACUAGACAGGAACAGGACAAAAUAAUGAACUGCUUGAAACUGGUUUUAGACUUGUUUCUUGUUUACAUGUAGAUAUAUCGUUGUAAACAAGUGAUGGGGAGAGGUCAAGGUCAAGGGUAGAACUGACACAGUUCUCCAACUGUGGUCAUCUUGCCUUGAUGUGUCCGCUUUAUCCAUGCCUGUGACUUAAACAACUGAUAAGUCGCCCUUGCUGUUUUCUGAAAAAAAUCACAACAACAUAAGUUUAGGGUUGAGCCUAUCCAUUCUGAUUUGGGAGGAGGUGGUAGUGUGUGCAUGUAUGUAUGUGUGUGAGGUUUUUCCUCGUAUAUUCUGACCAAAUGAUUUUUUUCACAAAAAAGCCAGGCUUCCCUGAAUAUAAAAUGGUGGACCCCGUAUCCAUGACAGUAACCUCUCACACAGCUUACAGUGGUCAGCCUUGACAGGACGUGGCUCCCAGAGAGGAGCCUCUCUUUCAAUAAUUGUAGGGUAGCAAUAUUAGUAUAAUAAGCUUAGUAUUCAGUGCUUGACCGGCCCAUAAUCGUCCUCAUUUGGUGACAUCUCGGAGCAGUUUCGGUUUCGGCAACCACCUACGAAACAAAAGGUUUGGAAAUAAAAUAUUUUAUAGAGGAAAAAAAGAUCAUACAAGAAUUUAUUUCAUAUAUAUUGUUUCAUCAGUAAACAAAAAUAUGUACAUCCAGUUUCAGAUUGGGGAAUUUUAAGCCAAAUCUCUACAUUCCGUGGAUGUCUGUAUAUAUAUAUAUAUAAAACAAACCUUUUGUUUGGUUUCGUUGGUUGCUUUGCGAGAUUAUCUUGGGUUGGUUGAUCACUGAUGCUAAUGAGUAGAGACAAGAGGACAAAAUGGAAAUAGAUCGUCUGAAAUAUGUUAACAGACAUUGGAAGCAUCGCAUUUGUUUUGGUCAUAGUUCCAACGUUGUGCUAAGGUACUGAUGGAGACUACUGGGGGAUGGACCAAUGGGAGGCUGGAGUCUGGCAUGAAGCGACAGAUGCACCCCGGGCCGCGUUACCAGGGGUGGUCAAUGGAGAGGACACCCAAUACUAAGGCAGCAGUUUGAUGUUGGAUGGAUCCUUAAGGGUGUGAAGAAAGAUCACGACAGUUCAUAAUUAUGCCUUCCUUGAUGUUUUGUGUUGUGCUGCUCCACAAACCUGUUGUGCUGUGUUGACACAAUUUAAUAUGGUAAUAUGAUUUGUGUGAUCUUUCUUAAAACAUGCUUUUAGGGAAGUUGUAUUUUCACAAUUAAACUUUAGCUGAAGGGGUUUGUUGGAAAACUUAACAAUUCUUUCCGUUACAACAGUGUAUCCUAACAUACACUGUUUGUUUUUAUUUGUAUUUCUUAUUUUGGAGUAUUUUUCCUUGAAAACAUCAAUAUUCCACAAUAUUGCGAUGUGUUCCCUUAAUUAUGGCCAUCAGUAUAUUAGUCUUGGCAAUGCUGAGCUGCAGCCGGCUCUCUUUAAAACCUUUCAGCUGAUACUUUGUAGAUAGUGACUUGUCAGUGUUGGGGGCAUGGAGAAGCUGAGAUUCAUCGACUCUAAACCAAAUGGGGAUUUUGUGCAUUUCAGAUGCUUUUAUCGAAAUGUGCUAUAAAGUGCUAUUUUACAAACUUAAACUUGUGUACAGAAUGAGAGGUAAACAUUCCAGAUACCAUCUUGUCUUUGAGGAAUGGCGACAUAACAGGGAUGACAGUUAAUCUGACGAUUUGGAAACCAGAUAACCGAGAUCGUUAGCAUCUCCCCCGACUCCCCUGCUGUCAUCCCUGUGUGUCUCUGUAAUAUGUAAGUAACUGUAGACAAUGGAAACUGGAGGCAGUGUUCAUGAAAUUUAUGUUUUUUGUACAUACUUCUUUCUUAUUUGUUUGCUUUGUUUACUGUUUUGGUGACAAUAUUUCUGCAGUAUCUACCUCUUUCAACAAGGAAAAUGUUUGAUUUAUUCUGUGACAUCAUACUCAGUGGAUUCGGCAAAAACUGUUCAGAUAAUAAUUUCAUAAACAUAAUUGGAUGUAAAAAAAAUAAACUUUGCAUAAUACUCACCUCCGGUUUGGUACGUACCUCCUGCAUAACACAGGCAAACUAGCCAUGCAGUGAAGCUGUUUGUGAAGACAUUCAAAGGGAGAUAACUGAAAUCUGCACUUUUUGUUGUUGCCAUAAUAACAUAAAUGUUAAAAAAUAUUAUAUUUAGAUUUGUUGAAAAAACAUGAUUAGUAAGCAUUCUUAGCAUAAUGUUGACCGAGAAAAAGUCUUUUGUUUCUUGUUUUCCAUAUUUUUGGUUUGAACAAAUCGAGGUGAUGUUGGCUUUCUUUUGUUUGAUUGCAAAUUUUCCAAAAUGUUUUAGAGUUAUCUGCCCUUGCUGUGUACUAAAUUUCGGGUAAAGAGGUCACACAGCAAGGAAUAUGCUGCAUGGGAAUUGAGAAACAAGAGACUAUUUUUCCGAUCGAAGCAAGAUAAUAUUGAUUUUAGAUUUCGUCUCUUUCGUCCAGUCAAUGCAAGCAGGACUAGUUAACUAUUGUUUUGAAAAGCUUUGGACAUAUUUAAUAGAUGUCGUUCAAGUCAGGUGACAACCUUCAUGGUCGAUUCUCACGUGGGUGGACAUUUGAUGAUUGGGAAGUUCUGUCAAAACAAACCUUUUCAACAGCUUUCAGUGUUUCAUCCAUAACUAUUUUAUCAGCGUUGUGAUGAAAGAGGUAAUGUUAUAUUUCCAAGCUUUCUUUGAUUUAUCAUAUUCUUGGUCUGAGGAUAAAAUUGUGUGGGUGUUGAUGAAGCUGUGAGGCAAGUAAUCAGAAUACUAGUUGUCACCGCGAUGUAGAUGUAUUGGCAAUAAGUACUACCAGUCAACUACCUUUUCCAGGAAUAAUAUUUGAUCAAAGUUCAUUUUCAACUUUCAUCAAAUAGAUGGUGGAGGUGGGAAAUAUUUGAGUUCAAGUUUGAAUGUGGAAGAAUAUUUGUUCUUGAUAAUUGAGAGGUAUAAAGUUGCUUUUAGACUGCAGUGAAACCACUUUUUUUAAGAGUACCACUGUUCUUUGUGUCAACUGUUGUCAAGCAAACCUUGCCAUUUUAGGACCCAUGUCUCUUCCACUGUUUUACCCUUCUUUUUUAGUAUUUAGUUAACACUAGUUUUGCUUUAAUAGUACAUACUAAUCUCAGUCAGAUAUACUGUUUGCCUAACAACAAAGUUUGUGUCAAUACAUUUUGCAACACCCAAGGGAGUAUGAUUCAUGGUAAAACAUGUACAUUGUUAGGGCAAUAUUCUGUUCAGUGUCAUUUUAAUAAUCCUUGAUGUUGUACAGAAGAAACAUGGCUGAUCCUUGGAGUUGUCAGGAUAGUUUUGUCACUUUGACUCGCCGGGGAACGGUCAGUCAGUGAUAGUUUUUGUUAAUCAUGAUGGCUGACAGAGCUGUAGUUGGCUUGGUGACGUGUUGGUUGUUUAUUGUUCGUUCUCCGACUGCGAUGAAUUUAAAGUUUUAACAAUUUUACUUGUACAUGAAUCCUCCCUGGUACUCUUCAUCAUUCAACAUUAAAGUCUAAACUGUCAUUUCUUUGUAGAUAGGGGGACGAAGACAGGCUGAUUCUGAGAAGGGGGAUGUCUCAGUGUUUUCUUAUUUUAUCUAUGUUUUGUUGCUGUGCAAGUCGUUUGACCAAGUCACAUGUUUGUACUUUAUGCUGUUAAAUGCCUUUGAUAUUUGAGUUAAUGGGUUGGUGAUGUGUCAGUCAGUGCAAGCCCGUAUGCACAAAGCAGCCUUAGUGCUUCAUCUAAUGUCGAUAUUAGAGUAAACUUAGGUGAAGAUAGCUUUGAGGGGACAUGUUCCCAAAGACAUCUUAGCACUAUGACUCCCAUAAUUGACUAGACCAACAGGACCUAGUGCUAAGAUUGCUUCGUGUACCUGAGCACAGGGACAUGUUCCCAAAGAUAGCUUAGAACUAUGACUCCCAUAACUGACUAGACCAUCAGGACUUAACGCUAAGAUUGCUUUGUGUACCUGGGCACAGUUGUAUGAUCUAAGAUUUACAUCUAGAAUUCAGCUAUUGUCAGCUGCUUCAUCAGUGGAUUGCAGAGUUUCAACUUUUCUUUUUAAAUGAUCGUCCUGUGAAGGAAGGUGUUACCAUGGAAGCCGUUUCCAUGGUGACAGGUUCCUGGUGUGUUCACUUAGCUUGUGUGGCAGGAGCAGAAGAUGUUACCAUGGAAGCCGUUUCCAUGGUGACAGGUUCCUGAUGUGUUCACUCAGCUUGUGUGGCAGGACCAACAGAUGUACCUGUGCUGGAUCCCACAUAAAUAUUCUAACGAUAUGAACAGAAAUUAUCAUCUGUACCGAGUUUGGAUGAUACAGAAGACCCCGUUGUUUCAAAAGCGAAUCAAAAUAAAGACAUAUUUUUCAGUAAGCCUGUUUCACUUGAAACUUGAAAUGUGUGACAGACAUAAGCUAGGUUUUAUUCUGUAUCAGUUUCCAAUGAAUUUGUCACAGAGUUUAUAAUUGCGGAGAAGCCUUGUUAACUUGAUAAUACCAUGUAAAAUGAUAGUCCAGGCAGAUUUUUUGUCGCUGACUGGUCGACCGUCUUUACUUGAUAAGUCCAUUUGUUUUGGGGCCCCUGGGAAAUGUUUACUUUUCAACAUGUUCUGUAAUUUCUGGAACAAAUUCAUGGAACUCCAGACUUCGAGAAUGAGAAUGUUCAUAAGUUCUGUUUAUAUGAAUAGAAUAUUCAUGUGAAAGGUUACAGCCUGUAUUAAGGAAUGGAAUCCUGGUGCCAUAGGAGGUGGAACUGUUGAUCGUGGAGCUGAAACUGGUGGUUUCUAGAGCAGGAAGUGUUGACUGUUAGUGAAGGCUUCUGCCUCUAUUUCUGUAGAAUGGAAUGCUACAUGGAGAUAUACCAGGUUCUGUUUCUUGUAAAAGAUGUUCAUAAAUGACUGAAGCCACUGCCAGUGAUAUACAGCAUGCUGAAGUAUUGUACAUGUUCCUCCUUGCUGUGGUCAUCGAACUUGUUACUGGAAAUGCAGGAAUCUUAUCAAGACUACGUUUAAAGAUCUUGUAAAUACCAGAAAUAUUAAGGUCACUUCUUUUUUGGAUCUUGCACAUGAGUCAGAAUGUUUCAGGCUAAUGGUCAUAUCUCCAGGAAAUGUACCUGAAGCAAAUGGCUUGAAACAUUCAUGGUGCACACGAAGGUCUUGGUUGGGGAUGAAGGACUUUGUUGGGGACGAGAAACUUGGUUGAGGACGAGGGACAGAGAUCAGUCAGAAAAUGAUAAGAUUCUUGCAUUUUGGUCAAGUCGAAGAAACAAAAUCAUAACCCACUGAAGUAAAGAUGUUUAUGUAAGGGAGUUCUGAAGGUUAUUUAAAGGGGCUCUGAAGGUUAUUUAAAGGGGCUCUGCAGGUUAUUUAAAGGGACCCAGCAGGUUAUUUAAAAGGGCUCAAGAAAUGAUUUAAGGGGAUUUGGUAUCUAUGCGCCUUGAACAGGUACAAAUGGGAAUGACCUUCAAGCCAGUAAGUACUGUUUCAGUAAUGCCUUGAGAUUUUUCUUGAACAGAGUAGAACUUGGGUGCAGUGUCAGUGACCUCAGAGAGCCCCUUUAAGUAUGUGUAGUGCUCUCACAACGUGGAUAUUUCCUUAUGAAUAUCUUUCACAUCCAUAGUCAGGGCUUCUCUAACAAAAGUGGGAACCCUGAACUAGGCUGCAAGAUUACUUGAGAGAACUUUCAAUGGCUAGAUGAUGUCAUGUGACAUGUCUCCAUGUCUGCAUGACCUGUACUCUGAUUGUCAUGGUCCACACCAAUCAAACAUGAUUCCAGCGUACUUAUACUGCAGGCUGUUUGUCCAUGUUUUUUUAAACCCAAAUAACAGUUUUACUCUUCAUGUAAUAUUUCACACAGCAAUGUUCUGUGUUGCGAUUAGGUCAGGAAAACAGGUGCCCUAGGCAUACCCGACUGGAAGUUAAUGAUAUUAGCAAAAUCUCUGACCAAAUCAUGAGGGCACAUAGUGCUGAAAUUGUGACUUUUAUAUGCGGCGCCCCAGGCGAGGUGCCAGGGCUUUGUGCCAGCAUCUCUGUAAUGGACCAUCUUUGCAAAUAAAUAACAAAAUCAUUAUGUUA